GCCUAAAACCAUUGUACAACAAAACCAUGAACGUCGGAUUUUGUCCGGGGACAGUCGAGAAGGAAUCAGGGAAAUAGCAACUUUCACCUUUCCCGCCAAAGGUUACCGAUCAUUACUACUUACUAGGCCUCUGUUCCCGCCAUUUCCCAUUCGUCCGGAACGCCUAUUUACCUUCUCUCUCUGUGUCACACACACACACACACUCUCCAGUCUCCACAGCAACAGUAUAAUAAUCAAUGGCGUCCCGCCGGCCGAGCAAUGGCAGAUCUCCAUUAGUGAAUCAACAGCGGCAAAUCACAGCUUUCUUUGCCAAGAAAACAUCAUCCACACCUUCCCCUUCUCCUUCACCGUCCAGUCUUCCCACUAAGCAAACCCAAACAUUUAAGAAUACUAGCCCAAACCCUAACCCUAGCCCCGCCACGGCGCCACCCCUCGGUUCCAAGUCGAAUAAACCCCUCUUAGUCAUCGGACCAUCUCCAACCCCAGAUUCUACUGAGACUUCAUACGGACAAGAAGUCCUGAAUAAGAGGAUUAAGGUUUAUUGGCCUUUGGAUAAAUGUUGGUAUGAAGGGUGCGUAAAGUCUUUUGAUAAGAUUUCGGGUAAGCAUUUGGUUCAGUAUGACGAUGAAGAGGAGGAGAUGCUGAAUCUUUCUCAGGAAAGGAUUGAGUGGAUUGAGACACCGGUGGUGACAAAGUUUCGUCGAUUGCGGCGGCUUAAAGUGGUAGACGAUGAGGAGGAAGAGGAGUUGGAUGGUGGUAUUGAGAGUGGUGGAGAUGACUCUGAGGAUGAAGAUUGGGGAAAUGAUGCUAAUGAAGAAGCAGAGGAGGAUGAAGGUUGCCCAGCUGAUAUGGAUUUAGAGGCUGAGGAUGAUGAUAUUGAUGAUAAUGGAUUAAGAAGAGGAAAAUCUGGAAUCAGCAAGAAGGCAGAAUUGAGGAAGAGGAAAUUUACUGAAGGGCUUAAGUUGGUUUCUACUGAGGCGAAAAAGAUUAAAAGUGGUGGAAAUAACAAAAGCACUCAAACGAAGGCACCUACUGCUAUCACUGGAGUAAAGGUCAUUGAGUCAGUGACAAAUAAUCUGGAGUGUGUGAAGGCAUCCAAUGCUGAUGAUAUUUUAAUUGGCAAUUCAGCAGAAAGAUUUAGCAUGCGUGAAAUGGAGAAGUUGCGCUUCCUUGGGAAGGGCAGGAGGGAUGCAAAUAGAAGGCGCCCUGGAGAUGUCAAUUAUGAUUCAAGGACUCUUUACCUUCCUCCUGACUUUUUAAAGGGUCUAAGUGGUGGCCAGAGACAAUGGUGGGAAUUUAAGUCAAAACACAUGGACAAAGUUCUUUUUUUCAAGAUGGGAAAGUUUUAUGAGCUUUUUGAAAUGGAUGCACAUAUUGGAGCCAAAGAAUUAGACUUGCAGUACAUGAAGGGAGAACAACCUCAUUGUGGAUUUCCAGAAAAAAACUUCUCAAUGAAUGCAGAGAAACUGGCUCGGAAGGGUUACAGGGUUCUUGUCAUUGAACAAACAGAGACACCUGAACAACUUGAGCUUCGUCGUAGGGAAAAGGGCUCUAAAGAUAAGGUCGUGAAACGUGAGAUAUGUGCAGUUAUCACAAAAGGAACAUUAACUGAAGGUGAAAUGCUCACUGUAAGCCCUGAUGCUUCAUAUCUUAUUGCUGUGACUGAAAGCUGCCAAACAUCUGCAAACCAGCUAGGGGAGCGGACUUAUGGUGUCUGUGUGGUUGAUGUUGCUACAAGCAAGGUUAUUCUUGGACAGUUUGCAGAUGAUUCAGAUUGCAGUUCCCUCUGUAGUCUGUUAUAUGAGUUUAGACCAGUGGAAAUAAUAAAGCCUGCCAAGUUGCUUAGCCAUGAAACAGAGCGAGUACUGCAUAGACAUACAAGAAAUCCACUAGUGAAUGAAUUGGUUCCCCUCUCUGAAUUUUGGGAUGCUGAGAAAACCAUAUCUGAAGUUAAGAAUAUGUAUCAACGUCUUAAUAAUACACCAAUUCCAUAUUCUCGAAAUGAAGCAGAUUUGCAUCCCAGCGAGUCCAUUGAUAACGAUGCUGAAUUGAGAAAUUUACCAAAUGUGCUGUCUGAGCUUGUUAAUGCGGGUGAGAAUGGAAUGUAUGCCCUUUCAGCUCUUGGAGGAACUCUAUUUUAUUUGAAGCAAGCUUUUCUAGAUGUGAGCCUACUCAAGUUUGCAGAGUUUGAGUUACUCCCAUUUUCCCAAUUUGGCAUGAUUGCUCAAAAACCAUAUAUGGUUCUUGAUGCUGCUGCACUUGAGAACCUUGAGAUAUUUGAGAAUAGCAAAAACUGUGGUUCUUCAGGGACUUUGUACGCUCAGAUGAACCAUUGUGUGACAGCAUUUGGAAAAAGGCUACUUAGAACAUGGCUUGCAAGACCUUUAUAUCAUCUGGAGGCAAUUAAAGAACGCCAGGAUGCAGUAGCAGGACUAAAGGGAGUUAAUUUACCUGGUGUACUUGAGUUUAGAAAAGAGUUAUCAAGACUUCCUGACAUGGAAAGGGUGCUUGCACAAAUUUUUGCUAGCAGUGAAGCUAAUGGGAGAAAUGCAAAUAAAGUGGUACUAUAUGAGGAUGCUGCAAAGAAACAGCUACAACAGUUUAUAUCAGCUUUGAGAGGGUGUGAAAUAAUGGUGAAUGCAUGCUUUUCACUUGGCGCGACUUUAGACAACACAGAUUCAAAGCUGUUACAUGAUCUUCUAACACCUGGAAAAGGACUUCCAGAUGUUAAAUUAGUUAUAAAGAAGUUUAAAGAUGCUUUUGAUUGGGUGGAAGCAAAUAGUUCAGGUCGUAUUAUCCCUUGUGAAGGGGUUGAUGAGGAGUAUGAUGCUGCAUGCGGUUCCCUUAGGAAGGUUGAACUUAGUCUGGCAAAGCACUUGAAGGAACAACAAAAGCUGUUUGGAGAUACAUCGAUUAAGUAUGUCACAGUUGGAAAGGAUGCAUACCUCUUGGAAGUGCCAGAAAGUUUGUGUGAGCGCGUUCCUCAGGAGUACGAAUUGCAAGCAUCCAAAAAGGGUUAUUUCCGGUAUUGGAAUCCAGUUAUAAGGAAGUUAAUGGGAGAGCUUUCUCAGGCUGAAACUGAGAAAGAGUCCAAGUUGAAAAGUAUUUUACAAAGGCUUAUUGGGCGUUUUUGUGAGCAUCAUAGUAUAUGGAGAGAACUAAUUUCUACUAUUGCAGAACUGGAUGUUUUGAUCAGUUUAUCCAUUGCUAGUGAUUACUAUGAAGGGCCAACAUGUCGGCCACAUAUAAGGGAAUUGCCCUCUCAGGACAAUGUUCCAUGCCUUGUUGCUAAAAGCUUAGGACAUCCUAUUCUUAGAACUGAUUCUCUGGAUAAAGGAGCAUUUGUCUCCAAUGAUGUUACACUUGGUGGUGCUGGACAUUCGAGUUUUAUCCUGCUAACUGGUCCUAAUAUGGGAGGAAAAUCUACUCUUUUGCGCCAAGUUUGCUUAGCUGUGAUUUUGGCACAGGUUGGAGCUGACGUACCAGCAGCAUCUUUUGACCUGUCCCCUGUGGACAGGAUCUUUGUUCGAAUGGGUGCUAAAGAUCAUAUUAUGGCUGGCCAAAGUACUUUCUUGACAGAACUCUUAGAAACUGCAUCUAUGCUGUCGUCUGCAACCCGAAAUUCACUUGUUGCACUGGAUGAACUUGGCCGAGGAACAUCAACUUCCGAUGGACAAGCAAUAGCUGAGUCAGUUCUUGAACAUUUUGUUCACAGGGUGCAAUGUAGAGGAAUGUUUUCUACUCAUUAUCAUCGAUUGGCCAUUGACUAUCAGGAAGAUCCUCAGGUCUCGCUGUGUCAUAUGGCAUGCCACGUUGGUGAAGGAUUAGGAGGUUUGGAGGAAGUUACGUUUCUCUAUAAGUUGACAUUAGGCGCAUGCCCCAGAAGUUAUGGUGUGAAUGUUGCGCGCCUGGCUGGACUUCCUGAUAAUUUACUCGAAAAGGCUGCUGCGAAGUCUCGAGAAUUUGAAGGGGUAUAUGGCGGCAACAACAAAGGAUCGAGAGGAAAUUCGAGUAAGAAUUGGGAUGAAAAGGCGAUAGAAGUCAUCCUGAGCUUGAUGCAUGUUGCCGAUUACAAUGAACCUUACGGGAGUAAGGCUUUUGAAUUAUUGAAUGAUUUACAAUAUAGAGCAAAGGUGCUCUUGGAAUAAACUGGAAAAAAGGGCAGUGUACAGUUUUUUUGCAUCCCCCAUUGUAUAAUUUUGAAAUUCCAAUGUCCGUCCAUUGUUUUAUGUGGAAUCGGUUGAGAAUUGCAAUGGGUACCUUUGCUCAAA